AUGAUUGGCUGGCAAAGUUCCCGUGUUUGGACAGGCUCAGGGGCUGCCCCCAGGGAGCGCAGGGCUGGGCGCGGGGGCGAGCGGGCAACGGACAAACGGACACGGGGACAAACGGCCCCGGAGCUUCAGUUGCAGCGGCAGCAGCGGCAGCAGCAGCAGCAGCAGCAGCAACAGCAGCAGCAGACAGAGCAGCGAAAGCAGCAACUUUGUGGAGUCCCUCUUGCUCCUCCUCUCCCGCUGUCCCGCAGCCUCUCCCGCUCUCCCGUUCCCGCUGUCCCCUCCUCUCCCGGUCUCUCUCUCCCCAUACCCGGCCGGGCCAUGCCCCCGGCCCGCCCCCGGCCCCGGGCGGGGCUGUCCCGUCCCCGGCCCCGGCCGUCCCGCCGCCGUCUCGCCCCCACCCGGCUCUGGCCGUGCUGGCGCUGGCGCUGCUGGGCGGGCAUCAGUGCCUGGGGCUGGGGCGGCAUCGCCUCCCUUUGGCUCCGCCUGGCCCGAGCCCGGCCCCGGCCCCGGCCCCGGCCCCGGCCCCGGCCCCGGCGCCGGCUCCUCCCGGGCCCCGCGGAGGACACAGGCGGCGCAGCCGCUGCCGCCACCUCCGCUGCGGCUUCCCCGGCCCGAGCUCCGCCGCUCGGCAGCGCGGCCACCGGCCCCGAGCCGCUGCUGUCCCGUUGCCAGGAGCGAACGCCUGGGGAUGGCCGGCCCGGGGCGCUUGAGGGGCGCUCGGGGGCCGCUCCUGGCCCCGGACCGAGUGCUGACAGCCGCGUCCCGCCGGCAGGGAAGGCGCAGCAGGGCCUGAAGGAGCAGUACCGGCUGGGUUCGCUGCUGGGCCGCGGCGGCUUCGGCAGCGUCUUCGCGGCCACGCGGCUCUCGGACGGCGCCCCGGUGGCCAUCAAAAGGGUGCCACGGAACCGCGUCCUGCACUGGGGCGAGCUGCCCGACGGCACCAGCGCACCCCUGGAGGUCGUGCUGCUGGCCAAGGUGUCCACUGGCUUCCCCGGUGUCGUCCAGCUGCUGGAGUGGCUUGAGCUCCCCAACGACAUCGUGAUGGUGCUGGAGCGCCCAAAGCGGUCUCAGGACCUGCACCAUUUCAUUCGGGCAUGUGGGUUCCUGUCCGAGAAGGUGGCGCGGGAGCUGUUCCGCCAGGUGCUGGAGGCCGUGCGGCACUGCACCAGCUGCGGGGUCCUCCACAGGGACAUCAAACCAGGGAACAUCCUGGUUGACCUGGCCACCGGGCAGGCCAAAUUAAUCGACUUUGGCUGUGGCACCUACCUGCAAGACACAGCCUACAUACCCUUUGCAGGAACACGGUCAUACAGCCCCCCGGAAUGGAUGCAUUUUGGCUGGUACUACGGCAAGCCAGCUACUGUCUGGUCCCUGGGCAUCGUGCUGCACCAGAUGGUCUGCGGGGAGCACCCUUUCAGGAGGGGCCAGAACAUCAGCUGGGACCAUCAGCUCUCACUGCCACAACAGCUCUCUCAAGAGUGCCAAGAUCUGAUCAGGAGGUGUUUAUCCAUGCUGGACAUCGAAAGGCCCUCAUUAGAAGAGCUGUUGUGUGAUCGCUGGAUGCAGGACGUUCAUCUGCCCUAGAAGAAGGGAGAGAGCCACAGGCACACUUUGAUGCAAGGCCCUGGGGUCAUCAGAUGGGAACACGCAGCCCUUAUGCUGGAGCUGAGCUGCUCUGCCCAGCACUGGUGGCCGCCAUCUGAGCUGGUUUUGCUUGUCCUUGGUUCCCUGACAGCUGGGGCCCUGGGCAGAACCCUGACAGCCUGGUCUCAGCCCCAGGGAAGGAGAAGGAGCCCCUGGAGAAGCUGUACCAGGUGGGGCUGCUGCUGCUGCUGGAGACAGCGAGGAUGACAUCAAGGAUGACAACCUCUUGCUCCACCUGGUCACCGGCAGGCUGAAGAUGACGUCACUUUGAUUCUGGCACCUUCUCCAAAGCCAGGCUCCACAGGGAAUUUGCAGAUGAGUCCACACGCAGGGGAUGCUCCCAGAUUUGGGCAUUGCACAGCCUGGCCAGGAACAGAAGGUUCCCCCUUUGCUGGGGCGGAUGCAGCUGAUCCUUCAGUCGGCUCCCCAGCUGCUUUUGGCAGGGCUCGGGGCAUGGGCUGGGGUGGGUACGAAAUGGGAGUGGGCUCCUGGCCCUGCCAACAGCCCCCACCACCCACCGUGCCCCGGGCUGGGGCUGGGGCUGGGGCAGCCAGCCCGACACAAACCAACCCCCAUGGUGUGAGCAGAGGUGGGACUCCAGAACCUGUGUAGGGGCUGCUUUGCUUUGCAGGCAAGGAAGGGCUUGGGCUGCUCCCCUGCCCUUGUUUGCUUUGGGAUCACCGUUAUUUUGGGGGGCAGUGCAGGGGGAAGGGAGAAAGCCUGGGCUUCCUUCACCUGUGGGUGGGUUUUUCCCUGGCAUGCAGGGGUUGGGCCUUCCUCAAGCCCCAGACAGAGAUAUGAUUUUUGACCUUUUUUCUUGUUUCCCCUUUUUGUCUGUAAUCUACUUUCAAUAAUUUGUUGUGUGUUUUUCUAGAGGAAGUGUUCUAGGUGGGGUCCAGUCUGGAUGGGGAAGUGCUUGGGAGCAGCUGCGGCGUGGAUGGGCCGUGCCCUUGGAGAAGGCUGAGGACAUCGUUUGGGACCAGCUUUUCUUCCAGCGGUGGAUGGCGUCAGCCGGGCUCUGCGGGUGCUGAGGCUGCUCUGGGCUCUGCCAGGGCUCUGCUGGAGCUCAGCACCGGGCCCCAAUCGGCCAAAGAAGAAAUGAUGUGACCUGCAGCACAGACUUGCUUGAGCAUUUCAGCAACACAGCUCAAGUUUGCAGAGUGCACACCUCCAAGGGAAAACAUGCCACCAGCCAAAAAUUAAACUUGUUCAAUA